AAGGCGUCUGUGGUGUUCGUCGGUUCGCGAGUCGCGCAUCCGCAUCAGCUUUUUGUUCUUCAUCAAACUUAAUUAAUACUAAUUAAUUAAAUGUAUUCGCAAUAGCGUAACACCCGAUAUUAAUAGCCUGACAAAUAACGUACAGGCGCGCCGCAAUGAUUGGUUAAAUCUGCAACCCGCGGCAGUUGGCAAAACAACAGCGCAGCAGCAGCGACUGCGGCGACAGAGUGUUUGAAAGCAGUGGAGAGAGAAAAAAGUCUCGCGAGUCUCAAUAAAAAAAGAAGAAAAAACCGAAAACCGAAUUUAACAAGUUUUUAGGUUUCGUCGGUAGCUGAAAAAAAAUUGCGUUAAAAGAAAGCGGAGCAAUUGAAAUUGUUAAAUAUGAGAUCAACACAAAAUUCAAGUAGUCAAUUUUGAAGUUGUAAUUGUAAUUGUGUGUGUGUUGUGUCUGCGUUUGAGUUGCUGUAUGUGAGUGUUGUGUGUGCGUGCGUGCAUUCGUGUGAGUGUGUGCGUUUUGUGCCUGCGUGUAAGUGAAAUAAAAAGCAAUUGUAAAUGAGUGCGCAAAGAAGUGUAGCGAGAAGUGGCGGCAGCGACAACGACAGCGCAGCCAAGCCCAAAACUUCAUUUCGUGAAUAAGUAAAUUAAACCAAAGUGCAAAUGACGACAGUGCCAAACACGUUGGCAAAUUAAAUACAAGUAAAACACACGAAAAACAUAAAUACGUAAGUGAACAAGCGGUCAGCAGUCAGCAAAGCAGUCCCAGGUGGUCAGCAAAUAACACCAACACACACUCACACACACGCACACACAUCACACCCGCACACAGGGAGCGGCAAAAAAGCAGCGCAGCGCAGCAGCAGAAGGCGACAACGUCAACGUCAGCGUCGCGCAAUGACCGAGGAAUUGAAAGUGGUGCUGCGUCGCAGUCGCAGCGAGCAGCAUUCCGGUUUCGGGUUUUCGCUGCUCGGCACAACUGGACCGCCGCAUGUCAUCUACGACAUUGUCGAGAAUUCGCCGGCUGCCGAUUGUGGUGCGGUUGAAGCUGGCGACGUGAUACUGAAAGUCAACGGCAUCGAUGUGCAUCGCUAUACAACGAAGGAAGUGCUCAAAUGUCUGCGACUGUCGGAGAACUUAGUAACCUUGGAGCUGAAACGAGAUCCCAAGUUGAAGGCGCGCAUUAAAGAGCAGCUGGCGAACACGCAGAGUCCGCAUUACGUGGACAUUGAGUCUCCCAUCAAUAUCUACGAUUACAGCAGCAGCGCGAACGCAUCGCCGAAGCAUCAGCGGCAGCAACAGUUGCACUCGAAGGGCGGCAACGCCACGCCCCCAAAUGCUGGUUCACCGGCGCUGCGUUACAAGUCAACGCCCACAACGCAUUUGCCAACGUUGCGCCAGCAAUCGCCAACAACAACCACAACAACGGGUAUUCAAUCAUUUGCCACCGCAUCGUCAACAACAACGCACACACACAGUCGCAACUCAUCCGCCAGCUCGACCAAGAUACAAAUGGUGGAAUCGACCACCAUUACAACAAGCAUAAGCAACAGCAACAUUGCCACAUCGCCAACGGCAGCAGCUGCAGGUGGCGACGCCACAUCGCCAACAUUUCGCCCGUCACGCAUUCCACAGGCUCUGAAGGCUGCGCCAAAACAGCAGUUGCCACAAUUGCAAUCGCCACAGCAUAAGCGUCCACGUCCAUCCCAAAUCCCCACAAAGGCGGCCAACGGCAACGGACUGCAGCCGCUGCAGCAUUCGAACAGUUACAGCGGCAGUCCGGCUGCCAAUCGGCAGCGUCAUACGGAUCGGGAGGCGGAUCGGGAACCGGAGCCCAAUUCGGCGCCACCGCAACCGGCAAAGGCGCCGAGGUUUGAGGCUUAUAUGAUGACGGGUGAUUUGAUAUUGAAUCUGUCGAAGACGCCGCAAUCCAGCAGCUUACUCACAACGCAGGCCAAGAAGGUGGACAGUUUGCGUGACUUUCCCAAGCGAAAUCUGGCCAAUGCACGCGCCAAUGGCGCCUUGGCUCCACGUGCCUCCGGCGAGUCAUCGCCCACUUCGUCCUCGUCGGUGGAUUCACCCACCAAUACGGCCAGUUCGGAUUCUGUUAAACGUGAUGCCAAGUUGCAGCGCUGUCAGCAGCAGCAGCAGCAACAACAGCAGCAGCAGCGUGAUAGCAUCAACAACAGUUACAAUCGACGCGAUUCGUUGACCAACGAUACGUUGCUAAUGUGCGAAGAAUUGGAACGCGAUGAGGAUGCCACGGUGGAGUAUGAUGACAAUAAACGGCAGCAGCAACGACAACAGCAGCAGCAACAACAGCGUUAUCGCCAGCAACAACAACAACAGCAGCAGCAACAACAGCGCUAUGAAUACUACCAAAACGAGGAUGAACUGGAUGCGGAUCCGGAGGAGCGAGAGGAGGAUCAAACACACUAUGACAUCACCAACAUCGAGACGUAUCAGAGUGGAAUGGGACGCGGUGACGAGGAUGACAGCGAUCGACAGUGUCUAGUGGACGACGAUGAUGAUGACGACGAUGUGGACUACAACGAGGAGGACAACGAUGCUGGCGACGAGGAAUACUCGACCAAUUCGUUGGGCUCAGGCUCUGGUUCGGCCAAACAGCGAAUGCGUGCGCUCAAACAACGCAGCCUGGCGCGGCAACAGCAGCAGCAGCAAAGGAAUCGCGAUGCUGUUGAUUGUGCAGCUCGAGCAACGGCUGGUUACUCGGCGUCCACGUCGAAUUCCUCCGGCACAGUGAAGAGCGAGGCUGUGCUGGGUUUGGGUUUGCAGGACGAAACCUCGUUCUCAGUGCCAACGUCGCCCAUUUCGCUGUCGGCGCCUCUCAUUGAUAAAGAGACGGCCAGCUCGGUGCCCACCAGCCCAGAACCCAGUUCGUUGGCGCCCGAAUCGAGUAAUGCGCCAGCUGGCAGCGGAGCGGGUGGCGGAGCUGUUGUGGUGCGCCGUCACAACGGGCAUGUGGUGCGCAAGUGCGAUGCAGCUGGGUUUCGUACCAGCAAAUCGGAGGAUCAUCUGCAGCAGAUACAGCGCGAGGGCAUUGCGGCUGUGAUACCCAUCGAUAUCGAUGAGGAUGUGAAUAGCUCGCUGAAUACGCUGCUGGAUACCCGUCACGACUCGGAGGAUUCGCAGGCAUCGAAUCGUGAUCGCAUCGUGUGGACCUACAAUGCACCACUGCAACCACAUCAAUUGGCGCAACUGCAGCAGCAACAGCAACUCCAGCAGCAGCAGCAGCAGCAACAACAACAGCAGCAACAGCAGCAAUACUACGGUCAGCAAUCGCAUUCAAAUUCCCAUUCAAGUUCCAUUAGUUCAUCGCCACAAAAUUCGGCAGCCGGCAGUCCGGCGUCGCCCACAUCGGUCUCCUCAUCCGUAAUGUCCUCGUCGGGUUCACGUAGCGCACAACAACAACUGCAGCAACAGCAGCUGCAGCAGCAACAACAGCAGCAUCAGCAACAGCAGCAGUAUCCACAGCAGCAGCAACAGCAGCAGCGAGAUCAAUCAGCUGUUGCCAUGCCGGGUCUGUUGGGCUGCCCAAAUGGUGGUGGUGCUAAUGGUGCUAGUUGUAGUGGUGGUGGUGGUGGUGGUUUUGGUGGCAACGAUCAGAGCGUCUCAGAGGCCAUUUCAAAUAUCUCUAGUCCCGACUAUCAAGACGACGAUAACUUAUUGAGUUCUCGCGAUAUUUUAGGCGGCAUGGUACUUAGCGAUCCCAGCGACUCGGACUCCACCAUUCUUGUCUCGGAUGCGGCUGCCCAACAGCGCCAACAGCAGCAGCAGCUCAAGCAGCAGCUGCGGGCCCAGCAGCAGCAACGUGAGCGUGAUCGCGAACGUGAUCGCGACCGAGAGCGCGAGCAAUCUGAGCACAAGCUGGUCAUCCAAGUGCGUGGCCUGGACAAUAGCAAUACGAGCAGUGUAACACGAUCGGAGGAUGAGCUAACCGAUGAGCCGUUGACCACGAUUGCGGGACGCGAUGCGUCGCCUCCCGUUUCCGACGAUGGCAGCGAUGUGGAGUCGCUGCAUUCGUAUCAUUACUCGCCCAAGGCUGUGGACAUGCCAUCGGCCAUACGCCUGGCCAAAAGACUGUAUUCCCUCGAUGGUUUCAAGAAGAGCGAUGUUUCGCGGCAUCUCAGCAAAAACAACGACUUUAGCCGCGCUGUGGCUGACGAGUAUUUGAAGCAUUUUACUUUUGAAAAGAAAUCUCUGGAUCAAGCACUACGCGAAUUUCUGCAACAAUUCUCGCUGUCCGGCGAGACGCAGGAACGUGAACGUGUGCUUGUGCAUUUCUCGAAACGUUUCCUUGACUGCAAUCCGGGCACAUUCAACUCUCAGGAUGCGGUUCACACGCUGACCUGUGCCAUCAUGUUGCUGAACACGGAUCUGCAUGGCCAGAACAUGAAUCGCAAGAUGAGCUGUGCCGAGUUUGUUGAUAAUCUGGCCGAUCUCAAUGAUGGCGAAAACUUUCCCAAGGAUGUGCUCAAGUACUUGUACCAAGCCAUCAAAACGAAGCCACUCGAAUGGGCGCUUGACGAUGAGGCGGGAGAUGCGCAACAGCAGCGUGCGAAUAACAACAGUGCGCUGACUGGCGUCAGUCAGAAUCCUUUCCUGGAUGCACCGGAGUCUGCCACAGCUAUAGAGUACAAGAAGGGCUAUGUGAUGCGCAAGUGCUGCUACGACACGAGCUUUAAGAAGACUCCUUUUGGCAAACGCUCGUGGAAAAUGUUUUACAUCACGCUGCGCGAUCUGGUUUUGUAUCUGCACAAGGAUGAGCACGGCUUUCGCAAGAGUCAAAUGUCUGACAAUCUGCACAAUGCGAUACGCAUACAUCAUGCACUGGCCACCAUGGCCAACGACUACACCAAGAAACAACAUGUGUUCCGACUGCAAACAGCCGAUCAGGCCGAAUAUCUGUUCCAGACCAGCGACUCCAAGGAGCUGCACUCCUGGGUGGAGACCAUCAACUAUGUGUGCGCCGCAUUUUCAGCGCCGCCUCUCGAAGGUGGCGUGGGCAGCCAAAAGCGUUUCCAGCGUCCACUCUUGCCCAGCGCACAGACUAAGCUGCUAAUGAAGGAACAGCUGGAGUCACAUGAGCUUCAGGUGGCGCAAUUAAAACACGAGUUGAAGGAGCACCAAAAGGCGCCCGUGCCCAGCAAAGGAUUGCCGCUGCAGAACUUCAAGGAGAAGGAAAGCUAUUUGCAAUACGAGAUGCGUCGGUAUGAAUCCUAUGUGAGCAUUCUAACAGCCAAGCUGUUGGCAGAUCAACAGCCGUUGGAGUUGCAAUGCCAGCAGCAGCAGUCGACGGCACAGCCAACGCUCGAAGAGGACGCCGACACAUUCCCCGUGAGCACGGGCAGCACUACGCCCACAACGCCACAAAGUAUUCAACAGCAGCAGCAGCAACAACAACAGCAACAGCAGUCGACCAACAGCAGAAAAGAGAAGAAAAAGAAAUAAUUACGCUUUUUCGUUUCGCUAUUGAUUUUUGAACAUUUCAAUCGACACACACUUCUCACACACACUGCGGCAAUUGCCCAUGUUCACACACCAUUAGCACACCAAUACAUCACUCACACACUCACAGGAAUGGAGCUGGGAAGAAGCGGGGAUUAUAACGGGGGAAUGGGAAACCGGAGAGGGGGAUUAUAUGUAUGAAGGGGGGAGAGAGAGAUUCACUCACGCGUUGCGGCAGUGCCGUUAAAACAAAACAAAAAGAAAAGAAAAAACAGUCUGCCAAUAAUUCAGAAUUUAUGUACAUUUCUUAAGCUACAUAACAUUAUGAUUAUGACUAUAUUGUAAUUGAAGUUGUUAAGGGUAUUAAGGUCCUAAUUACAAAAUCGGUCGUUCAACAGAAGAACCUUGGCUAGAAGCUAAAAAUCUCAAUCGGAAAUUAAUUGCAAAUUGAAACGGACCUUGACCGUCUAUGUGUGCCCCAAAAUCGAAAAUAAGUCAAUCAUUUUGAUGUUUUACCAAAAUUUCAUUGACCCACAGUGCCGGGGAAACUCCAAUAAUAUUACAUAUAUAAUCCAUAUGUAUGUUUAUCGAAUAUCUGUAUCUGACUAUACAAUUUUUGAUAGUGGCAAAAUUUUGCUGAGAGCAAAAUCAAGUCGUUACAUUCACACUCAGUUCUGACGUACAAUAAUAAUAAUAAUAAUAUUAAUAAUCACUCUUAUGGUUUUACAUAUGCAUAUAUAUUUCAACAAAUAUAUAUCGAGGCUAUAUUCUCAUAAAUGAAGCCGAGAUCGCUCGUAAUUUAUAAAUAUAUUCAAUUUGUUUUGGCAACUGCCAGGAAUUCUGCUGAACGGCUUUUUGUGUUGUACCAGAAAAAAAUGGGAUUCAAUUUAAAAAUACUUCUUAUUUAAAAUUAAAAAAGUACAUGCAUAAAGAAGAAAACAAAAAACACUUACAUCAUUACCUACGCUAUCAUUAUAAAUGAUAAAAAUAAAUUAUGAAACACUUUCUCUACGUAUAUACAAUAAAUAAUUAAUGAAUUGAACAACACAGCGAAUUAGUAUGUCGAAAUCGGUAUAUGAUUUGCUCUAUUGGCCUUUUUGCGAUAUAAGUAACAUUAAAACACUUUCUCCAAUAUAUGUAUUUAUUUAAAAAAAAAACAAACACCAAUUGGUUGAUUACGCGACAA